ACAUCUGUUUCCGGGUCACUCCCGCUUCAGCUUGAACUGAGAUCGGGUCGGUUUCGCUCUCAGCUCGGUUAGUUCUGUCCCCGGGAGCGCGGGAGCAGCGCGGUCCUGGCUCUGCUCGCCUGCCGGGGGCCCCGUCUGGUCACCCUGGUGGCGGGGUUCCUGCUCCCCGUUUAACCUCAUUUUUUCCUGUAAGCGGUUCACCAUCAGAAUGAGACUGGUAAUUCUUGAUGACUAUGAUUUGGCAAGUGAAUGGGCAGCAAAGUACAUUUGUAAUCGUAUUAUCCAAUUCAAACCAAGCCAGGGAAGGUAUUUUACGCUUGGUUUACCAACAGGGAGCACACCUUUGGGAUGCUACAAAAAACUGAUAGAAUAUCACAAGAAUGGAGAUCUUUCUUUUAAAUAUGUAAAGACUUUCAAUAUGGAUGAAUAUGUAGGGCUUCCAAGAAAUCAUCCAGAGAGUUACCAUUCUUAUAUGUGGAAUAAAUUCUUUAAGCAUAUUGACAUAGAUCCUAAUAAUGCUCACAUCCUUGAUGGGAAUGCUCCAGACCUACAGGCAGAGUGUGAUGCAUUUGAAAAAAAAAUUGAAGAAGCUGGGGGAAUUGAUCUGUUCGUUGGAGGCAUUGGUCCAGAUGGCCACAUUGCUUUCAAUGAACCAGGAUCAAGUUUGGCUUCAAGAACAAGGUUAAAGACUUUAGCAAUGGACACCAUUUUGGCAAAUGCUAAAUACUUUGAUGGAGACUUAUCUAAAGUGCCAACUAUGGCACUAACUGUUGGUGUUGGUACAGUGAUGGAUGCUAGAGAAGUUAUGAUUCUCAUAACAGGUGCCCAUAAAGCUUUUGCUUUGUACAAGGCAAUUGAAGAAGGGGUCAAUCAUAUGUGGACAGUUUCUGCUUUCCAGCAGCACCCCCGCACGAUCUUCGUAUGUGAUGAAGAUGCUACUUUAGAACUAAGAGUUAAAACUGUGAAAUACUUCAAAGGGCAUGAACACUUACUAUUUUGAGGUGUCCAUGAGAUCUGGGCUGCUGGCUUUUUAACUUUAAUUGAAAGUGUCUUUUUCUUCCAAACACACAAUUCAAUGGACACUGUCAACUUAAGAAAGGCCACAUUUUGGGAUUUCCACAAGCCACUGGGUUUUCUUUUUACCACAAUAUCAUUGGUAACUCACUUCUUGACUUAAAUUAUGAGUAUCUCAUUACUCUGUUACGUGUAUAUUUUAGCUAUUCGUUGAAAAAGUAAAUUUAGUGUUUAUCAGUGUUGAACUUCUAUUGAAUGUAGUUUUUAUCAUUAGUCUUUGUAAUCUAGAAUUCUAGUCAAGAUUGCCUGGACAUACUGAAUACUAAAACUGCUUCCUUUGACUCAAUGUACUAGCUCACAUAGCUCUUGAUUAAUAAUCUUGUCACUUACAAACUUAGUAACAUAUCAUUAGACUUACGACAUUAAUGGGAACACCGCUUGAUAGAUAGAUACACGCACAUAUAGAUACAUACAUUGUGUGUAUGAAUAGGUGUUCAUACUUUUUCUUAAUUACUCUGAUCAGUUACACUAUAAUGUACUGCUUCUUUGUGUAUGUAAUUUUUAGAAAUAUUAAUCGUUUUAAACUUACAACCUCAACUUAUACAUGGGGAGACAGACGGUUUUCUCACUUCAAGCCACAGAGGAAAGGCAAUGUCAGCCAGGAUUAGUAAUUAGGAGUUUCUUAAUCCUGGUCUUCUGAUUAACUCUUUUCGGGGCCUCAAUAGAUAUGUUUCAAAAAUGCCUAUCCUAUUCGUUUCACUUGCCUACCACUCUCUCACCAUCUCCAAAACUUUGAGUCAUUUUUGUAAAAUUUCAGAUAUGUGGUACUAUACAUCAAACUAUAGCACAGUAACAUCUGCAUUAUUGUUUAUAGAGAUAAGUCAAUAGUAACUGGAGCAGCUAGUUCUAAUUGUAGCCCCUCGUCCUCUUUUCACUCAUUCAUAACUUUCCAAAAACCUCACUUUUUGGGUUGCAGUCUUCCAUACUUGAUGUCUAACAAUGUUUUUUAGAAAGUACGUGGGUGGGGGGGAAGGGGAACUUUUCAUCUGCUUUUGUUGUAGAAUGCAAAAACUUAAUGUAUGCCCAAAACAAAUAACCAGACUCUUAAUCUGGUUACAGCAAAAUCAGUUGAACUGUGAACACUGGCAUAUAAAUAAUCCUCAUAGGAGCGGAGUGAAUGCUUUAAGUUCUUAAACUUUUAAGAGCACUUUUAAAAUGUGUACACACAGAAAACUUCUGAAUCUGUAGGAUACACACUUUAGGAAAGGACGACUCUGGUUGCCUGCACAACUCAAGAAGUGUAUACUUUCCAACAGAGGUUAACAGGAAAGUGGACAGUCCAAUUGCUCUCAGUUCACUUGGCCCUUAUCCAAGCCAUCCAGUAAUUUAAGCCUCUUCUCCUCCUCCAGGUAAUGUUUUAAAUGCAUAAUCAUUUGGAUCAGCUGUUUCAAGUACCUUGGGCUUUUUGCCCCAGAAUGGACUGGGGCUUGUAAAAUCUAGGAAACGUGAAAUCUGGAACCAGGAAGUGGGUCCCCAGCUGGUACCUCUUGGGAGGGUGAUCCUGAUGCUAAACUCUGCUGCCCUUGUGGAGAAUGGAUCUUCACUCUGCUCUCCUCUAAUAUGUAGAGCUUGUAAAUAUCAGACUCGUGCCUCUAAACGUGCUGUCCCUGAAAUGCACAUCUACUAAUGGGAAAAUUAAAUAUGCUUCAUAAAAGCAGCAGUGCAGUACUUAUCUAAAAAUACUAUUUGUUCCUUUGGGAAACACAAAUUGGGGCAUAUGCUCCCUCCCCCUUUUUUUCAAAAAGAGAAUCAGGCAAUCAAAUGCAAAAAGUGUAGAUGCAACUUUAAAGUAUGGCUCCACUCUGAAGAAGAAGAACACACAGAGAACUUGUUGCCGGAGAUACUGUGAAGGCUAAAACUUAUAGCUGCAUUCAAAGAAAGAACUAGAUAAGUUCAUGGAGGAUAGGUCCAUCGAUGACUAUUAGCCAGGAUGGAACACCAUGCGGUGAGUGUCCCUAGCCUCUGGGAGUGGAUGACAGGAUGGAACACUCAAUGAUUGCCUGUUCUGUUCAUUCCCUCUGAAGCACCUGGCAUUGGUCACUGUGGGAAGACAGGAUAUAGGGCUAGACAGACCAUUAGUCUGACUCAGUGUGACAGCUCUCAUGUUCUAAGAGUUGCUUAAGUGUCACUGUGGGUUUCUCUGUGUAUCAACCAUCUUUUGUGUCAAACACAUUCAGUUAACAUAUUCCUACUUACUUUUUUUUUUUUUUUUUUAACUGCUAGCCCUACAACUAUAGCCUUGGCUCUUUCCACCUCUCACAUUAGCACUAGUAAUAAAGAUUCUUCAGAAUAAGUAAUAUAUGCUUAGUUAAACUUGAGCAAGUCCAGUGUCCUCAGAUAAUGUGUUUAGGAGAAUGUGUAUAAUCAUAUAUUGCCUUCAUUAGGUUUACACAGAAAGAACUGACUGAAGUUUAGUAAACAAUUCUCUUGAUCAGCCACAAAAUGGAACCGGAUCUUUAGCUCGAUUUCCUAAUUGUAUCAGUGCCAAAGUGUUAACGUGAGUGAAAAUUAGUAAGAAUUGCACUUUGACAUUAAAUGAAUUGAUGACCCUGAAUGACAUUAAAUGAGCAGAUUGUGCAUAAGCAGGUGCUUCGAUAUGAUUACUUUUCAAAGUAAUCCAUGAUAAAAGGUUGCCGACUUGAACAUUAAAGGAAAUACAUAUUACUGUUUCUGUAGCAAGUUAAUUGACCACUUCAUAUGUAUGUAAAUAUGUUCUAUUUGUAUAUUCUUGACCUUUCAGAUAAUUGGUCUUUGUUCUGAGAGUUUGAUAGCAUAAGGUGUAGUCAUAAACAUCUUCAGGCUGUUAUGAGCAUAUCAAAGUAUCGUAUAAAUUUCUGGUGGUGAAAAACUAUAGAUUAAGAGAAUCAUGCAACAAUAUUGUGCACUCUCUAACUUGGACACAAACCCACAGCUGUGUUUGUUAGUCUUUAUCAGUGUGUACUUGAAAUUAAAUUGAAAAGUCUUAAAUAAUGGUCCUGCAUGCAUAUCUGAUGAUUACAGAAUUGUUACAUUUCCCAUUCAUGUCCCUAUUCAGUUUGUUCAUAUGUAGUCGUGGUAUAAUGUCCACAAAUAACACAGGAACGACAUGUUGCUUCUUCUGCCUAAGUGAAUUAAUAGCUAGGUGCCAGUAUAGAGUUGAUUGUUCUUAAAUUUUUUUUUGAGUGCCCAUUCUGCUUUUCUCUAGUUCAAUGCAUAUGUUAAUGUAUAUACCUAUGUGCAGUUAAAAACAGCAAACAAACAAUGUAGAGAGGAAAUGUGUGCUAAUAACUAAUGUAAAACAGGCACUGUUGCUUUUUUCCCCCAAGGUUUAAUGCAUGUUCACAAUAAACUUGUGGACCCACUGUACAGUAUGAAAGAAGAAAACUGAAGAAGGAAUUGAGGAACUCCAUGUGGGUAAACACCAUUUUUAGGUAGCAGACAAACUUACUGCUAUGCAAUAUGCUGAAAACUGGCUAAAAUGGGAAAUCUUAAGUACUGUAUUUUUUAAAAAAUCCAGUAUCUCUAUUUACAUUCCAUCUCUAUACAUUGUAUUGUGCAUUUGUUUUAAUAUUUUGUAGAUGUGAAUUCAUUGGCUGCUACAGUAAGUAAACAAGAAUAGAGCAAAUGUAAAUGGCAGUUACAUACUAUGAGAAAUAAACAGCAGUGUAUUCUUAACACAACAAUGUACUGUUUGACUGUGUGGGAGAAAAUUAUACUUUAGCUUAAGCAAAAGUCCACGGCUCCACCAGUACAAGAUACACUUCUCAUUUUUUCGUGUCUCACUAUAGGCAAAAUGCUUUUGGGCUUUCACAUGUCAAACGUUAUGGACUUGUAACAGAUGCACAACUUUGCUUAUGAAGUGCUCUGUUUAUAUCUAAUAUGCAUUGAACUUUUGCACUUUGGUAGCCUUAAAUUAAUCUUAUACCAAUAGCUUCUGGGCGUUUAAGUCCUACUGUACAAUACUCAGGCAUAUAAAAGUAUGAAAACUGCCUAAAAAUAGAGGACCCUUUCAAACAGUUACAAUAACUUAUUCAAUUAUGUGCAUAUUAUACUUCUGCCAUAGCACUUUUAUUACAUGUUUCAAGUUUAUUUAGGAAUUUUAUAUUUUGGUAAUUAUGAACUCUAUAGAUAAUACAUUCAAUAUGUUCCUUUUUGGAGAUGAAUUGCCAGUUACAUUAAUGAUGAUGUGAUCCAAUAAUUGUAAAGGGAGGUUAAUUGCAGUAAGAAUGCCUAAAAAUCCAGAGGGCUAGUAUUGAAACAAGUCUGAAUGUAAACAGAACCACUUUGCAGUACAAUAGUUACUUUGCACUGUAGAUUGCUAUAAAUGUUGAACUGUUACUAAAAAUGCCACUCUUUUCUACUGUUACUCCAAGUAAAGCUUAAAUUCACAAAAACCUUACCAUGUUUGUUUUGUUUUUGAUGUGAACUGUAGUCUGAGAAUAAACAUUUCAGGUUUCAAAAACAAAGGUUUAGUGAAAGGAUAGUGUACCUUUCUCUAGGUAUGGGCAAAGCUAACAUAUUGUGCCAGACCAGCUCCUUUAUGCCAGCAGUAAAUUCCCUUUUAAAAUAUCCACUGAAAGAGAUGGGCUAGAUCUGAUGGUAUGUUCCUCUUCAUCUAUUGUAAUAUUUAAAUAGUCUUGGCUUUCAAAAUAGUAAUUAUCUACAGUGGAAAAAAAUGUUCCUUAGCCAUAAAUGUGGAUUUAUAGUUGAACAGGCACUGACCAGUAAACUGCUGUUUUUCUGCCUCUCUCCUUUGAUACUUUAAUAGCAAAUUUUACUUAAGUAUGUGUUUUAAACACACAAAUCAAGUAUACCAGCCUCUUGUUACUAUUGCUAUAUAGAAACUAAAUGCAAAACUAACCUUUCCUGCUAAAGUACUUCAUGCUUUAAAUUCUCACUUUGCUGGAGUGGCUGAAGAAUCCUACUUUAAGUGUGGUCCACCCUACACUGACCUGUGUGUGAGUGCGCUGAGGAUUUUACAUGUUUCAGAUUGUGGUUUUUUUUUUUUUUUUGCUAUUACAGCAUUCAUCUACUACAAGGGUUCUUAAAAGUGGGAGUCAGGACCCCUUAGGGGGCUUGCAAGGUUAUGUGAGGGGUCAUGAGCUGUCAGCCUCCACCCCCAAACCCUGGUUCACCACCAUCAUUUAUAAUAGGGUUAAAUAUAAAGUGUUUUUAAUUUAUAAGGAGGUGGGGAGAGGGUCAUACUCAGAGGCUUCCUGGGUGAAGGAGGGUCACUAAUACAAAAGUUUGAGAACCACUGAUUACUAAAACUGGCCAAACAGCUGCUGGUUUAUGCAGUUUUUCUAAAAUAGCAGCUUGUGAAGACAAGUUGUGAAAAGGAUUAAUUUCAGUCCUCUGGCUGAGAAUACUUUCUCACAGUAAUAGUAACAUGAUUGUUUUAUAGCUGUAAUUAAACUUUGACACUACCCCUCUUUUGGUAUUGUUUGGAUUAAAGCAGGAGGUCAUGUGUAACCUUCUCCUAAUCUGUUCACUUUAAAACACUGCAUGAAACAAGUUUUCUAAUUCAAAGGACACUUAUCCCUCAAUUUGUCUGGAGUGCAUCAAGUUUAGUUGGAGCCUAAUACAGAAUAGUUGGCUUCUCACCUGUAGUAAAACAUCUUUGCUCAAGUGAUGUGCUAUAACACUUCCACAGAGCAGGAUGUCCCCUUCAACAGGCUGAAAUUAAGGAUUUCAUUCCUGUAAGCAUGACAGUUUUCUAAACUGUGUUUUAGAGGUUGUUCCUAACCUUAUGUUACUAAGGUGAGGCAUGUUAUACCAUUUGCUGAAUGUGGGUGAGCUCCCUCUAGAGACUGAGCUAGAAACAUCUACCCUGACUUCCUAAGAAGCAAACUAAAGCCUAAUCAUGCAACUCCUCCCUGCCUCCCACACAUUUUUGAAACAGACAUCAGAUACUUAAGCACCUCAUACUUGUCUUUCACAUUCUUGCCAUAAAUUAGGUGUAUGUCUUCACUCUGACCUAGAUAAGGGGUAUGCCCUCUGUGCUGUCACUUACCUGUAUCCAUGAAAUAGGUGAUAGGAAAGGGAAUUACAUGGGAUCAAAGAAAAGGAGUACUUGUGGCACCUUAGAGACUAACCAAUUUAUUUGAGCAUAAGCUUUCGUGAGCUACAGCUCACUUCAUCAGAUGCAUGAGCUUAUGCUCAAAUAAAUUGGUUAGUCUCUUAAGGUGCCAUAAGUACUCCUUUUCUUUUUGCGAAUACAGACUAACAUGGCUGUUACUCUGAUACAUGGGAUCAGUAAUGCCCCGUACCUAGUCUUCUACAGUUGCUGUUUUCAGAAGCCUUGAGGUCUCCUAAUAUUGAGCCAACUCUCUGUGUUGAGGUAUAUGAUCUCUCCUAAUUGUCAGUUCCUAAAUGACUGUUUUACACUUGCUGGUGGAGUAACGGUCUAGCUUGUUUCACUAAUGUGGAGCUGGUGUGCCCUUUUCCUUGUACUUACAUAAAAAUCAAUUAUAUUGCCCUGACCUUCAAAUAAUGUACUUCCAGGAAUUUGAGAUCUAAAGUGCACCAUCUAUUACUUCUUGUGUGCAGAGUUAGAAAAGGAAGUUGGGGGUUGGCCACACCUGCAGUGCUUUAAAGCAAGCUCCUCCUGAGACUGGAUUCCAUAAUCACCCGCAGUCAUUCUAGCUGAAUUUCAUUGUACACAUUACAAAAUAAUGUAUGGUAAUAAAAUCUGAAAUGUAGACUUCAAGUACAGUCUUUCAAUUAAAAUUUGUUCCCCGUAUAGCUGUAGCCACAUGUACAAAAUUAAAUAUGGUAAGUAACACAAACAUACCCCCAGCAAUAAAUUAUACAUUAACCUCAUCCUGCCAUUUGCCCAGCAAAAGCUAGAUAGAAGCAUCAGAGUUGCAGAGUUUUGGUCUCCAAUUAUUUUUCAGAUUGUCUCUUUAGAACACUUAUAAAGGCAUCUUUUGGCACUUCCACAUUGCCAAUUUUCCUCAUCUUUUUCUUUCCUUCUGCUUGCCUCUUCAAAAGCUUCAUUUUCCGUGUAAUAUCUCCACCAUACUAUUAAAAAGGAAAGAUGUGUUAACUUGGUAUAUUGUAUAGAUAGUACAGUAUAAAAAACAGUAAGAGCUGUGCUAUACAGUAUCAGUAGCUAUUUAGCCAUCAGUUUUUGAAAAGACUAAUUAUAUGAGAUGUCACCUCAGGUCAAAUCAGUUUUUGAAAAGCCUAAUUAUAUUAGAUGUAACCUCAGGUCAAAUCUAACUCCCACCACUCAUCUUAAAUUACCAAUAUUUAAGAGGGAGAAGAGGAGCCAGUGAACAACCUGUAAUUUAGGCAUUUACACAGGCAGGAGCUUCCAUUAUCUCAUUUAUCACAUGAGAUAUCUACCAUCACUAAGGAAAGUAAAGGGUUCUUCUGUAACUUAUGUCCUUAGACCUCUGACAAGCAUAAUCAAUUUUUUCUGUAAUUCUCUCUAGUUCUGUGAACAGUUAUGCACUACAUCCUUGAAUCUGUAUUAUCUUGGUUAAGCAAUGAAAAACCCAAAGUCAAGCCUAGUCACAAUGAGUCUCUACAGAGAAACUGUUUCACAAUAACUCACCCAAGUCAUUUGGGAAAGACUGAGGGAUAGUGAAUUUGAGACUCUUAGGUAUACAGUAGAUGUGCAGCUUUGAAAAAGCUGUCAGUUUCUCUAAAUCACAGUGUAAAUAUAGUGCAAGCAGACAACAGAAUCAGUAUCAGAAAAUUGUAUUUUAGAAUGAAAAUCUAAACAACAUAAUUGUAUAAAUAAGAGGACCUUGUCACUGGAGCUUGAAAGUGAGAGGGACAAGUGAGCCAGAAAACAGUAAAGUACAAAAAUGAAACAGUGUGGUACGGAGAGGGACAUGGGAGAGUAAACAGAUGGACCAUAUUGCCCUAGCUGGACCACUGAAAGUGUCUAUAUUCAAAUAUCAGAAAUACCCCCCUCCCCGAAUUGAAAAAUACCUACGCAUUUUGCCACAACGUUCUUUCUGUAAGCUUUCACUCUGUAAGAGAGAAGAUACCAUAUACUAUCUGUAUACAUCAUCAACAUGUCAGUACAUUUCCAACACACAAGCCCUAAUACAUUCCAAGAAGUAGCCAGUACUAACCCAAAUCUGUGGGUGGCAAAAUGUUUUUAGGUAGUUUGUCUAGGAUGCUUGGGUAUUGUCAUACAGAUCACUAGUGUUUCUUUUAAAAUCCUCCAGUCCAAGUCAGCUAGGAGGCUAAGCCUCAAACUGAUAUUUUUGAAUUCUGGAAGCAUCCAUUAAAGGGUAUAUAUAAAAAUAACUAGCACAGUACAAUCCCUUUUCUAGUUAAUGAUCUUACCUGUGACUUAUUUCAAAUUGACUAACACUCAAAAGUUUACAAUAAUGUCACUAAGCAAAAAAUAGAACCUAAUGGAGCCAGUGGCACAGUGUUAUUGCAAAUGAACUGAUGACAAAGCCCUACCAUCUGUAUGAUUAGCUUAUUAAAUAUGUGCUAUGAUUCUUAGUAUUCAUACAUUUUAGAAUCUAUUUCCACUUAGGACCCAAAAGCCACCCAGGGUUAUUUAUUUAGCACUACCCAAAUCCCACAAUCCUUUGCAGCUACAAAAGCUGACUGCACUGGGGUCAUGCCAAGAAACCAUGGUUAGUUUGGAGUGGGAGUACUGUAGGUGCUGGUAGGGAACAGCUGGCUUGCAGAGCCUGCAUUAGACUUCCCUUGGAGUGAGUAUGUGGGAACAACUACCUUUGCUCAGUCCCCGGGGUCCUAGUGUUCACCACGUACUCAGCACUGCGACCUGAUUUUGUUGGAGAGAGACUAUUCUACCCGUCCCAGAAAUCACUCCCUUGUGAUUUACUGUGCUUGAUCCAUUAAGAAACAUUACCUGGUUUUAUACUGAAUAAAAUUACAAUAUGACAAUUAUUCAACUUUACUGCCAUCAAAAGAAUAUUAGAUUCAAAUCUGAAGAUCGAAUAUUUGUUUUAUUUUGGGAGAUUAGUACUAUAUAAAUGAGAGGAAAAAAAAUGUAGGCCCCACAAGUAAUUUUCCCACUGGCUGCAACUGAGGGGCAGUACCUCCUGCUGUUUACCCCUAAACAGGCUAGAUUUUACAACAAAAUCUGUUUGUUUAUGGCUGCAGGGACAAAUUUUAAAAAUAUUUAAAAACAAAUAAAACAUUUCCUCAUCAUAAUAUCUUAAAAAGAUAGCUAAAGCCAGGGGGAAAAGGUGUAACUUACGUUUCUCUUGCAAUGACUUUGCUGCCAAGAGCAGCCUGGAUGGCUAUUUCAAACAACUGUCUAGGAAGAGCAUCUUUUAAACGUUCACACAUGGCUUUGCCAACAGCAUACGCUUUGUCUCUGAAAGGGAAAUUCACUACUGUUUUCUGAGAGAAUAAUGCAGCUUGAGAGAAAACACCUGAGAAUCAUCAUUAACAGUUUUCUAGAUAGUAAGUAUUGUUCCUAAAAAGGGUCUAUUUCCCUAUUAAAAUCAAAGAUAUUCUGAUCCUAGCAUAAUACUCUAUCCAAGGUGAGGAGAAAGACCACUGCACCUGCAGCCUAUCAGUUCAUAUAAGAUAAAUGAUAAUUUGAUUACAUUAACAAAGUGCUUUUCAAAUAAUCUUCAGUAAUUAAAUGUGUAGACUGUUAUAAAACAUGUAUCAUAUUGAAUACUUAACCCAAAUAAGUUUAGUAUAGUUCAGAGCAUUUUGAUAUAAAGGUAUAUAAUUUGAGAAUUCUGGUCCUUUUUUGACUUCCUCAAAUCCCUGGACUCUAUAUUAAAAGUUAAUAAUGCUGUGAUAGCAAAGAGAAUGUGUUUGGCUAGCCUGGGGGUAUGUUUGGAAGAAAUUCAACUUGUCUCAGUGAUUUGAGAUGGGAGGAUUUUAUUUGUGGAAGAUAAGAAGUGUGGGUAAUAGUGUGUUGAAGGGGAACACAUUUUUGGGGGUGAGGUGGAGAACUUCAAUUGGCUUGCUUGUACAUCUUUUUUUUUAAAAAAAUGUAUACCUCAGACUUUGGCUAGGAACUUAAUAAACUGAAAUAAAAGGGCUGCCUCUAUAGAUUGAGGCAUAAUCCAGACACACACAAAAUAAGAUUAUAAUUUCAGCAGUUAUUUCUUAGAUUUUUACAAGGGGAGGUGGAUUUUUAAUCUAUUAGAGGUUUAAUAGGUCAGUACAGUCCUCUCAAACAUUUACUCACAAAACAGUUACGUUCAGAAACAUUUUUAAAUGUUUCUCUUAACUUAUUAGUAGACAUUAUCUAAAGGCAUUCUGCAUUAGCACAUAUUUCAGAUUUUGAAAGCAUGAAAUGACAGAUAGCAAAUUUACACUGAAAAGCUCCAAAAAGGCUAGAAGACAAAGUUAUGUGUUGACAGUUUUGUUGUGGUCUGAAAACAAAAAAAUUUUUUAUAUUGUCCUGUAUCAGAACAUUUUAUAGCAAGCAGUAGCUGAAAAUAUAUGCUUUACAGAGUUUGAUACAGCAACAUUUGAGCUUCCCUUUAUCUGUACAAUAGAUAGCUGCAGUAAAAUAAAUAGCUGCAAGUUAACGCUAUAAAUAUAUAUGUUUAAGAUGCGUAUGGGUGUGUAUAUUUAUGACAGGUGAUGCUGGUAGCAAUCCCCGUUAUUUAGGUUACAUAACACUUUCCAUUAUAAUAUAUGCAAUCUAGUUACAGCGUGAGGAGAGAGAUUGAAAGAUGCAGCGAUAAGAGGAAAUGAUACUGAGUGGGAUUUAAGUGUCAAUUUUAGGAUAACGGGAACAAUGAUUUUAAGGUUAGUUCUGAUGAAAGGAAGCAGUUCAGGAGUGAGUUCCCAAAUAGAGAAGUACCUGUUUAAAAGCAAUAAUCAACUACAAAGAGAUGCAGUUGAGAGAUAAAAUAUCAAUUUUUUAGGAACAGUGUGAACAAGUGGGAAAAUGAGUAGGCAUAGGCUUAAUGUGAGAGACUAGGGAACCCAUGGAAAAUUCUGAAAGCCAGAAGAUUAAAUCAGAGAGUUGAUUGCAAGGAUGAAUGAAACAAUCUUCCUGGAGAAAGACAGUUUUGCUUUGUUAUUCUGACCCUCUGAAGUUAAGAAAUCAAAGAAUUUAGGAAAGAUUGUAGUUUGUCAUAACAGAAAAUAACUAAAGUGUAAAUAUGAAUUUCAGCAACUGCAGAUUAAGGUUCAAACAUCUUGGAAGGAAGAGAAAAACUAAAAGAAGAGGAGAAUUAAGGACACUAGUAAAGAUAGUAGUUGGAAGAACAAGUGGAAAGUUGUAACAAGAGGAACACAACCAGAACAUCAUGUACUGCAGGAAGUUGCAACAGGACACCUGACUUUACAAUGUAUACAUUCCUCUGCAGCUUCAAAAUGUUGCAUCUAAUGUCUCGUUACAAAAUUAAACUGAGAUAAUAUUAAAUUUAAAUGGCAUUGACGUAAUCUGGAGCAUGAAACAACUGACAACUUUCAAUUGUGUACCUUUGGUAAGUUUGCUUCCCUUAUUUUCAACAAUCCUCUCCACAAGAUCUGUGUCCCCUUUUUUAAGCUCUCUUCAAAUGGUUAACACUUUUUUUUCCUUAAUGUGAACGUUUUGCUUAUAGGCAAUUACCUGUCCUCCUUUUUACAACUUCCACUUCCUGUUUUUCUAGUUAAGUAUUUGCAUCUCUUUCUAAAAAUCACAAAUAUGUGAUUCUUAAUUCUCUCCUAAUUAUAAAACAUCUCUCUUCCUUUGCAGAUCAUUCCUGAAGGUGGUUGCAUGAUGAAAUCCUCAUUGCUUUUUCACUAAUAUAUGCUGAAAAUAUAAAGCAGCAGCAUUUUCAUUCACUGAUUGGGAUUCUCCAGUUCAUCUACUUACUUGUGUACAACAGUUCCCAAUUCUUCAACAGAGUUUCCAUUUAAAAGAAUAUCCAUUUUGACAAGGUCUGCUGCCUGGUAUCCUGCAUCUUCAUAAUCAAAACUAAAGGAAAAAAAAAAAAGUCAACUGCAACCUUGUAAUUGAUACUAUAGUCUCUAUUCCAGGAAUCUUUUAGACCUUUAGCAUUUGUUUUGUAUACACAUUUUAAUAAAAUACUUGGAUUUUCAUUA